AUGAUCAUCGCAGUUCAAUUACUAGUGUUCAUUUUAAUAAUAUUAUCAACUUUAUUAGUUGUAGGAAUACCUGUCACUCUAGCAUCGCCUGGGCAAUGGGAACAAUCUAAAAAUUUAAUUUAUACUGGUGCAGGAAUAUGGGCAGGCUUAGUCAUUAUAACAGGUUUAGUUAAUUCAUUUAUUAUAUAA